CUCCAUGGUACGGACAUAUGCGACCGUGGCUAUAGUACUUCGUGCUGUUGACGCAAUUUUCGCUCCUGCUUUACGAAAAUUGUGAGAUCUGAAGUCAACUGUUGGAAGCUUUUUGACAGAAUUGCCUAACCUUGUGCUGAUGCUACGAUGAAUGCGACUGGAUUCUGAAUAUCUUACAAACGUUAUUUAUAAGUAAAAAUUUACCAGAUUUAGUACACUUUUAAUAAAAAUGGAGACUGUGCCAAAGGACUUGAGAGGUUUGCGAGCGUGUUUAUCAUGCUCUCUAAUUAAAACAUUUGAUCAAUUUGAGAUGGAUGGCUGUGAGAAUUGUGACUUUCUAGGAAUGAAAAAUAAUAAAGAUCAAGUAUUUGACUGCACAAGUUCUAAUUUUGAUGGAAUGAUUGCUGUAAUGAGUCCAGAGGAUAGUUGGGUGUGCAAAUGGCAAAGAAUUAAUCGGUUCACUAAAGGAGUAUAUGCCAUAUCAGUGUCAGGACGUUUGCCAGCCAAUGUUAUAAGAGAGAUGAAAAGCAGGGGCAUAAUAUACAGGUCACGUGAUACAAGCCAACGAUAAUAUUUUGGAGAGAUUAGUAUA